AUGUUCUGGAAACUGGACGGAGUAAAGCUGGAAGACAUUUUACCCAUACCAAAAGCACAACCGGUGAGUUGUUAAGUACUUUCCUUUGUGUACUGUAGUCGCCAGCUUGACAACAGUGAAGUACCAUAUAAACUAAGCUAAGUUUACAUGUAUACUCGCGGAUGAAACCUUUUUUGCCUAAGUGACGAAGUAAACAACAUUUGAUGGAGCAAGGUUCCGCGCUGUUAAUUUUCUUUCUAACUCUUUUUCUUUUAAAAACAUCAAAACAAGUUAUUUCUCAUUAAUGCUUGUGUUUCUACAAUCAAUUGGUGCUAAUAAAUAGCCGGAUAAAUAAUUUCUACAAAGUUGAAUAAAGUCUUGUUUUCUGUAGAAACAGUUAGUCCAAAAGCUCUUUAUAUCAGUGAAUGAGAAAACAUUGCGUCAAAUCGAAAACUAUAAAAGUUUAAUUGUUAGUUUAAGUUUUUUGAUGACUAAAUGACUUCUUUGGCUCAUAUAUUCAAUCCACUCUAGAGUUUUUGGAAUUGUUCGAAGGCAAGGCGUCAAACUGAGUACCAUCGAGGCUGGAUAUCAAACUAGAAUGCAAAAACUGUUGAAAAAAACAGAACUGAACUUCCAGGAUUUUUAGUGAAAAAUUUCAUGAUAAAUUUACAUUGUAAAGUUCUCAAAGUUUCAGCCAUAUUUCAUGAAUACCGUUCAAUCAGCCCCAAUAUGGCUCCUUGUCGAUGCUGGCUGUAUAGACAGUUUCUUGGUUAAUAUUAUAUUAGACUUAACGCUGUGUUUAAAACCAACUUGGCUUGCCGUUUUUAAUAAGAAGGCAUUUAGAAACGUAUUUAACAAUCCUAUUAAAAUUUUCCGCUAGGACUAGGAAGUUUUACAGUUUUGCAUGCAGUAAUUGACAAAGCUUUGAGGUCUUUAAGAGCAGAUUAGCGCAAUUGGCGCCGGGUCUAAUCACGGUAUUAAAUUUUAACAGUCUGAUUAAAACAGACAAGCUAACAUCGCGAUAAUUAUGUUAUCUUUCGUGAAAUUGCGAAAUUAACGCUAAGAAUCGAGAAAUAAUUAAUGAGCAGUUUGUUUAUGUAAAUUUGCAACCUUUUUCCUUUUUAAGCGUCUAAUCUCAUGGGAGGUUAACCAGUUUUCACAUUUCAUUUGCUACUUCUAAACUAUGCUCCCGACUCCUUUGUUUAACAACUCUCCCAGGAACAACUGUCUCAUUCCAAAACUGUUUCUUUGUUUUCUUCUUAAACUUUUGUUUGCUAAUGAAAGUUUAUAUAUUUACUGCAAAACAAAGAUUUACAUAGCGCUUUUGCGUCACUGAAGUUAUGAUGACCUCUACUUCGUCGUGACCGCUUAGAACGCUUUAAUUUGAAACGGGUAAGUUUAAAUCGUACGUCAAACUUUAUAAGACAGACAGAUAGAUGACUUAAUUAUGAUGAAAUUUUUAUCACCAAAAAACUCAGUGCCCUUUGCUGAGUGUUUUUUUCCACCCGGCAACUUCAUGAUCCGGUUGGUUUUACGUGAAUUAUAUUCCCUCGUUGUCAAACAUCCUCAAAGUUGUACUAAAAGUUUAUAAGCCAAGUUUCAUCUUCAAAGCUGUGUGAAAUUCUGAACGCCUUUCUGAUUAUCGGCCGUUCUUGCAGUUUGCUUAAAGCUUCUUUCAUCACCAUUUUCUUGUUAAACUGGAACUAAUUUCAAGAUGUAUGGAGCAAACUGUUAAGACGGAGUUGUUUGUCAGUCAUUAGUGACUUUUGUUGAUCCUCAGUUGAUCCAGUCAUUCUGACUGGAAAAGGACAAAUCACCCAAAAAUCAUCUUUCCCGUAGUAACGUUGCCCGAAUCUCGGAGUUACCCGAAGUUUACGCUUGGGCACGUGGCCGAGUUGUCUUGACAGUAUAUCCAGAGUACAUCCGAAGAUUUGGUUGUCGCUAAUAUAAUGGAAGAUGGUCCCUUUUCGGUGAAUAAAAUGAUAGAAGUCAGGCUCUUGCGAGAUGAAGUCCCGAAACAUCUCCUACAUGCAGGUUACGUCUGAUUACUGUGUAGUUCCAUGUUGUCACUAAGGUUAAGUUCACAUUAUACCGUAUAAUUAACUGUCCGUUCCAAGCCAUCUGGUGAACGUAGUCUAACACCAAACGCAACACGAAGUGAAGGUCUCGCUAUUAUAUAUGUUGCUCUUUUAAAAUUAAUAUAUAAAUACAUUUAAGAGGCCAUUGAUCGGAUACUGAUGCUUUGCACGUUUGUCAUUUUAGGGCCGACAUUUCACCACCGGUCAUCACGUACUGGGUAACCUGACUUCAACUUUAGAUGUUAAAUACGCGCAGAUGACCUAUGGAGACCACUACAGGAAGGUUAGUGCAGACUUCCAGGAAGGAAAAACUACAAACUACAUCUUCGGCUAAAAGGUUCUUUGGGGAGAUCUUUGAGGCUCUCAGCGACAAUUCUGAAAAUUAAGACCAUGUUCACAUCAAACCGAAUAGUUUUUCGUGCUGACACGAAAAGCUAUAUCUG